AUGGAUGUUAUAGUUGUUUGUGGCCAGUGGUUAUUCGAGAAUGAUAAAUGGAUGUUUCACGUUGAUAGCAGAAGAGGAAGCAAAGUAAUUCCAGUGAAUGACGACACAAACUUGGAAGAUAUGAUUAACAUGGUUUAUGAGGACUACGACUUAGACAGAGGCCAUGUUAAUCUCGAAUUGAGUUACAUGCUUAGCAGGAAAAGCUUGAUGAAGCUAACUCAUGACACACCUCCAGUUAAAAUUGGGAAUUUUCGACAAUUUCAAGGUUUCAUCCGUCUCCGAAAGUCUGACCAAGUCCGUCUAUGUGUGGAAGUCUCUCUAAGAAGCAACAAGAAAACGAAAAAGACACAGACACUGAUGGAAAACCAAUCUGAUUAUAAUCAUGAUGAAGACACAGACACUGACGGAGAACGAUUUGACUAUUGCGAUGAUUCAGAUGGUGCUACAUCAGAUGACGAGGACUUUAUAGGGUACGGAUUAACUCCAAAAUUAGAUAUAGAGAUGAAGAAGGAGUAUAAGCCAAAGAUUGGGUCAGCAACAAAAUCGAAAAAGGCUAAGGUAGUCACUCAUGUUAGGCAACAACUGGAUUCUAUAGAUAUAGUUGUUGGCCAAAGUUUUGACUCCAAGUCUUCAUUAACAACACGACUUAAGAUCUUGACGAUAGUGCAAAAAUUUGAUUAUGAUGUUGAGUACUCAACGCCGACUCUUCUAAUCGUAAAGUGUUGGAUUGAAGGCUGUAGUUGGAAGUUAAGAGCAUCACCAACAAGUGAUAGUCCUCGCUUUACCGUACGCAUCUAUGUUUCUGAACAUACUUGUUCAGUUACAGAACGAUCAGCUCGUUGCAGACAAGCAACACCUGAGAGUGGCUACCAUGAGUUACCUGUGUAUCUGCACAUGAUUAGAGAAGCCAAUCCUGGGACAUUCACUCGCCUUGUAGUAGAUUCUAGUGACAGAUUUAAGUACCUUUUCAUUGCAUUUGGUGCUAGCAUCAAGGGCUUUCCAUUCAUGAGGAAGGUUGUUGUGGUCGAUGGCACAUUCUUGCAAGGCAAGUACAAAGGAACUCUACUAAUUGCGUCAUCACAAGAUGGCAACUUCCAGAUAUUUCCAAUUGCAUUUGCGAUAGUCGAUACUGAAAACGAUGAAUCAUGGAAAUGGUUUUUCAAGCAACUCAGCUGUGUGAUACCAGAUGACGAAAGACUUGCUAUUAUUUCUGAUAGACACAAAUCAAUUGGCAAUGCAAUAUCCGAGGUCUAUCCAUCUGCUAGCCGUGGAGUUUGUACUUACCACUUGUAUAAGAAUGUCUUGUUAAAGUUUAGAGGUCGCGAGUUGUUUGGUUUGGUUAAAAAGGCAGCUAAUUCAUUCAGGCUUUCAGAUUUUGAGACCAUAUUUGAUGAGAUCAAAGCAAUGCACCCGGCUCUGCAUCGCUAUUUGCAGAAAGCAGAUGUAAGGAAGUGGGCACGAGCUCAUUUCCCUGGUGAUAGGUACAACUUGACUACAACCAACAUAGCUGAAUCUAUAAACAAAGUGCUUUCAGAAGCAAGAAACUUGCCGGUUGUAAGACUUUUAGAAGCAAUAAGGCUAAUGAUGACACGAUGGUUUUCGGCACGGAAGAAUGAUGCAUAUUUGAUGAAAACAAUUCUAACUCGUGGAGUUGAGAAGCUUUUAGAGGUACACUUGAGUUCCUAUAACACAUGA